GCUUUUAAUGUCAAUGUCAUACCGCUAUUCCGUCCCCCUACCCCUUUGAUCUUUCUCUUACCGAGUACACCUCAACCAUGGCGGCCGGGGUACUUUAUACUUAUCCGGAAAAUUUUCGUGCUUAUAAGGCGUUGAUCGCCGCACAGUACUCCGGAGCCGACGUGAAAGUCGCUCCUAAUUUCGUGUUCGGCGAAACUAACAAGACCGAUGCUUUCCUGAAGAAGUUCCCGGCCGGCAAAGUGCCGGCGUACGAAAGUGCCGACGGGAAAGUUCUCCUCACAGAGAGCAAUGCUAUCGCUUACUAUGUGGCGAACACAGCUCUCCGUGGGUCAGACGUGGCCACGCAGGCGGCGGUGUGUCAGUGGGCAUCGUGGGCCGACAGCGAGCUGCUGCCCGCCUCCUGUGCCUGGGUAUUCCCUUACCUGGGCAUCAUGCAGUUCAACAAACAGAAUGUAGAGCGUGCAAAGAGUGAUCUCCUGGCUGCUCUGAAGGUGUUGGAUGGGCAUUUACUCACGCGCACCUUCCUGGUCUCCGAGCGCAUCACCCUCGCCGACAUCAUCGUCUUUGCCACACUCAUACAUGCUUUCCAGAAUGUAUUAGACGCCAGCAUACGCUCGUCGCUUGUGAACGUUCAGCGUUGGUUCCUGACCAUCGCCAACCAGCCUCAAGUGUCCAAAGUUGUGGGAAGUAUUGUCCUAUGUGAGGCUCCACCUACAUACGACCCUAAGAAAUAUGCCGAAUUGAACCAAUCAAAGAAGCAGGAAGGUGGCAAGAAGGACAAGAAGGCUGAGAAGAAGGAGCAGCCCAAAAAGAAAGAAAAAGAAGAGAAACCUGAGCCCUCACUAGAGGAUGAGAUCGAGAAGCCUAAAGAGUCCAAGGACCCCUUCGACUCCUUGCCCAAGGGGACGUUCAAUAUGGAUGAUUUCAAACGGUGCUAUUCCAACGAAGAUGAGUCCGUGUCCAUUCCCUACUUCUGGGAGAAGUUUGACCCUGAGAACUAUUCCAUCUGGUUUGCGGAGUACAAAUACCCUGAAGAGCUUUCCAAGGUCUUCAUGAGCUGUAACCUCAUCACUGGCAUGUUCCAGCGGCUGGACAAGAUGCGCAAGCAGGCGUUCGCGUCCGUGUGCCUGUUCGGCGCCGACGACGACUCCAGCAUCUCGGGCGUGUGGGUGUGGCGCGGCCGGGACCUGGCCUUCCCGCUGUCGCCCGACUGGCAGAUUGAUUAUGAGUCAUACGACUGGAAGAAACUGGACCCCAAGAGUGAGGAAACCAAGAAAAUGGUGCAAGACUACUUCUCCUGGUCCGGAACCGACUCCCAGGGGAGGAAGUUCAACCAGGGCAAGAUCUUCAAGUGAGCCGUCCGGCUUCACUCCUGCCGUCUCUACGCUACCUUUUGAUACUAUAGACUUAAGGUUUUUAAAUGUUGCCACACAGUAACAGAUGGCCAUGUUGCUUACAAUGAUACAAUGUGUCUUGACCGUAAUUUUUUUUUUAGUGAUGCAAGCUAAUAUUCAAUAAAACUAGUUUUUGUUGGCAACAUUUAAAAAUUCAGAUUUUUUCAGUGUUCUAUGACUAUAAUUUAAAUAAAAACGUUAGGAUUUUUAAAUGGUAUAUAUUUGUAUCAUCUGAACGUAGGCCAGGUCUACGAAUGGAGUGCUACAGUCAUAUUUAUAUUGUGAAGUUUAAAUGCAUUUAUCUCUUUUCGACGGCCAUCAUUACUUUCGCGAUUGUAUGAAGAACUGUAAUAAAUACAAUUGUUUUUUA